CGUCAAAAAAAAUAAUGACAUUGACGUAGGUAAGUUGAAAUCAUGUGAUCGAUGUGUUGAUUAUUGUUUGACUGAGGGAAAAUAUUUUAUUCAAUAGUAUAUAUAUAAAAGAAAUUACUUGCAAUGGGAGGCAAAAUCAGAGAUACCGGCGCUCCAGACAGGGACUCAGUCUGUGAACUGUUGGAUAAACUCACGUUAAAACAGCUACACUUGAUAGAAGAUAAGAUCAGAUGUGAGAUGAAUAUUGAGACUAACAUCAACAAUGGGAGUUUUCAGUUAGCUAAAUCUAGGUAUAUCAUGGGCCAUAGCGCGAUUACAGCUACCAAACUGCCAAUGGAAAACAGUCCAGAGUUUUCUGCUUCAACUGUUUGUGAAACUACAGAAGAAGAUGGAGUAAUGCAGUUGAAGGCAGUUAAGAGUGAGACAGAGGAUACAGUGAAUCCAGUCAGGUGGUUUGGUGUGUUGGUGCCACAAAACCUCCAUGCUGCUCAAGGUAUAUUCCAGAAUGCAAUAAACUAUGUUGUUGAAUGUGUGAAUAUACAGCUCCAGUUGAAUGAGAAUUGUAAUAAUAUAGCCACUCUGAAACAAUACAAAGGCACAUUAAGGUCAACAUAAUUUAAAAGAAGAAUUUUGUCUGUAUUAAGCACAAUUUAAGGUUGUUUAAAAAAUUGACAUGCAAGAAUUUGUAAAGUUAAGUGUGCAGCUUAAAUUGUUCAUGGUUGUUCAAUAUAUGAUGAAGAUGUGAGUGUUGCUUAUUGUUAAGAAAAUAUUAUAUUAAAACUGCUAAUGUGUACAA